AUGGCAGGUGUUCUUGACGGCAGGGUGGUGAUCAUUGACUUCACUGCUUCCUGGUGCGGUCCUUGUCGUGUCAUAGCCCCAGUCUUUGCUGAGUACGCCAAGAAGUUCCCUGGCGCCAUCUUCCUGAAGGUGGACGUUGACGAGCUGAAGGAUGUCGCUGAAGCAUACAACGUUGAGGCAAUGCCAACCUUCCUGUUUAUCAAGGACGGUGCGAAGGUGGACACUGUUGUUGGUGGCAGGAAGGAUGAUAUCCAUACCAAGAUAGUGGCCCUCAUGGGUUCUGCAUCUGCCUAAUAAGUGAAGAGUGAUACCCCGGUUACAUCAAUAAGAGCCAGCACCUGGUGUAAGUAGUUAUCGCUGCGGUAUGCUUUGGCUUAGUCGUGACAGAACUUUGUGUUGAUUCAGUUUAGAGUUCAGAACUUCAGACAUAUGCACUAGUUGUUCUGAAUUACAGUACCUAAUGUUUGCUACAGUUGCUUUGUUGUGAAGUUUGUUUAACUAUCCUGCCUGAAUGUUGAUGGAAAGCCAAUAUGCCGCUGGCCUUAUUUA